CGGAGCGGAGCGCGCAUGCGCGGUCGCCUUUGUGUGGGUCGAGCGGUGGUGGUGGCGGCGGCAGUGGCGGUCCCACUGGCAGGCGGGCAAGAGGGGAGUCCGGGCGGCGUCCGGCGUGGGAGCCGGGGGACGACCAUGGUAAAGAAGCGGAAAGGCCGCGUCGUGAUCGACUCGGACACGGAGGACAGCGGCAGCGACGAGAACCUGGAUCAGGAGCUCCUGUCCCUGGCAAAGCGAAAGCGCAGUGACUCUGAGGAGAAGGAGCCUCCUGUGAGUCAGCCUGCAGCCUCCUCAGACUCUGAGACGUCCGACAGUGAUGAUGAGUGGACAUUUGGGAACAAUAAAAAUAAGAAGAAAGGAAAGGCCAGAAAAACAGAGAAGAAAGGAACUCUGAAGAAGCAGACCAACAAAACUGCUUCCUCGGGCAGUUCGGACAAAGACAGCUCAGCCGAGAGCUCAGCCCCUGAGGAAGGUGAAGUAUCAGAUUCUGACAGCAACAGCUCUUCCUCCAGUUCAGAUUCAGACUCUUCCUCAGAAGAUGAAGAGUUCCAUGAUGGCUAUGGAGAAGACCUCAUGGGAGAUGAGGAAGACAGGGCCCGUCUGGAACAGAUGACAGAGAAAGAGAGAGAGCAAGAACUGUUCAACCGCAUAGAGAAGAGGGAGGUUUUGAAAAGAAGAUUUGAAAUCAAGAAAAAACUAAAAACAGCCAAAAAGAAAGAAAAGAAAGAAAAAAAGAAAAAGCAAGAAGAGGAGCAGGAGAAGAAAAAGCUGACGCAGAUUCAAGAAUCUCAGGUGACGUCCCACAACAAGGAACGGCGUUCCAAGCGGGAUGAGAAACUGGAUAAGAAAUCUCAAGCCAUGGAGGAACUAAAGGCAGAGCGAGAAAAACGGAAGAACAGAACAGCUGAGCUCCUUGCCAAAAAACAGCCAUUAAAAACCAGUGAGGUGUACUCUGACGAUGAGGAGGAGGAAGAGGACGACAAGUCCAGUGAAAAGUCAGACCGUUCGUCUCGAACAUCGUCGUCUGAUGAAGAGGAGGAGAAAGAAGAGAUCCCACCAAAAUCACAACCAGUCUCCUUACCUGAGGAAUUGAAUCGAGUUCGAUUAUCACGGCAUAAGCUAGAACGCUGGUGUCACAUGCCCUUCUUUGCUAAAACUGUCACAGGAUGUUUUGUACGGAUUGGCAUUGGAAACCACAACAGCAAACCAGUUUACCGGGUUGCUGAGAUCACUGGUGUUGUGGAAACUGCCAAAGUUUACCAGCUUGGUGGCACCAGAACAAACAAAGGGCUACAACUACGGCAUGGCAAUGACCAACGCGUGUUCCGCCUAGAGUUCGUCUCAAACCAGGAAUUCACUGAAAGCGAAUUUAUGAAGUGGAAAGAAGCGAUGUUCUCUGCUGGCAUGCAGUUGCCCACUCUAGAUGAAAUCAAUAAGAAGGAAUUAUCUAUUAAAGAAGCUCUUAAUUAUAAAUUCAACGAUCAGGACAUUGAAGAGAUUGUAAAAGAGAAAGAGAGGUUCAGGAAAGCCCCACCCAACUACGCUAUGAAGAAGACUCAGCUGCUAAAGGAAAAGGCCAUGGCUGAGGACCUCGGGGAUCAGGACAAGGCCAAACAAAUCCAAGACCAGCUGAACGAGCUGGAGGAGCGGGCAGAGGCCCUGGACCGCCAGCGGACCAAGAACAUAUCUGCUAUCAGUUAUAUCAACCAGCGGAACCGGGAGUGGAACAUUGUGGAGUCUGAGAAGGCCCUUGUGGCUGAAAGUCACAACAUGAAAAACCAACAGAUGGAUCCCUUUACCAGGCGGCAGUGCAAACCUACCAUCGUUUCUAACUCCAGAGACCCAGCUGUUCAAGCUGCCAUCUUGGCCCAGCUGAAUGCAAAGUACGGUUCUGGAGUGUUACCAGAUGCUCCAAAGGAAAUGAGCAAGGGUCAGGGAAAGGAUAAAGAUUUGAAUUCUAAGUCAGCCAGUGACCUCUCAGAAGACUUGUUCAAAGUACAUGAUUUCGAUGUGAAGAUUGAUUUACAAGUUCCCAGCUCAGAGUCAAAGGCUUUGGCCAUCACCUCCAAGGCUCCGCCAGCCAAGGACGGGGCUCCCAGGAGAUCUCUGAACUUGGAAGACUACAAAAAGCGACGGGGGCUUAUUUGAGCACACCCAGCCUGCUGCUCCUGACCCUGCAUGCCCCAUCACAGUGUCCCACCUUGCCUCUUUUCCUUUCAUUUGCCCUCUUUGGGCUGGAGCAGCAGUAGAACUGGGAAGAGACUCUGAACUGCCAGUCAUCUGUAAUAUAAACCAUUUGCUGUAUAGACCUCCCUUGUCUGUACCAUCUCCCACCAACUCCCAGGCCCCACCCAGUGUGGACCUGGGCUCUCUUGGGCUUUAUCCAUGUCUUUAGAUUUGUGUUUGGCUUUUUUUUUUUCUUUUAAACCAGCACCGUUCAUUGGCCACUCUGCACGCAUUCAGUAUUACCGUGGAGCUGGGAUUCUUGCUGAGCCCCUGGUGGCGACAGCAGCAACACUGGGCAGUCUCCUCUGCCGGCUGCCGUGGACCCAACCUUUGAACGUUUGGCACCGACCCUUGUGGAGGGAGAGGGGACUGGGCACCUGCAGUCCUGCUUCCUCUCUCCUCCUCUGUCUCUGCUUCCCAUCUCUGCGGAAGAGAGGUUUUCAAAACCAAUUUAGUUUCCAAAAAGUGUACAUUUGUCGGGGCGGGGGGGGUCUGUUUGAGAGAGAGAGAGUGUGUGUGUGUGUAUGUGUCUGUAAGUGUGUGGAUUUUUUUAUCAUUUUUUUAAAAUGCAGUACUCUUUGUAUCAGUCCGUCAUGGGUCUAUAGCUGUUUCAGAUUUUUUUCAGCUGUACUUGAGCAUCUGAAACUGCAAAGAAAGAAACUCAUUAAAUGUGAUUCUUCUUACUAAA